AUGUGCGCCGCUCUCAAAGCUGUAAAAGUACAGAACGCUAACCAACCCACUGGGUCAGGUAACGACACCAAAUUGAAUGGCAGAAAGGCGAAACCGAAGAGACUCCCAUCGAAAGGCAUUUGCGGGUUAGGAGAAUGUCAUCGGGUAGUAAAAAUCGGUCUGGCUUGUUCGCACUGUUUAGCAUGGUACCAUACGAAAUGUGCAAAUGUGUCCCAACAACAGUUACGGGAGCGAAAUAGCUCCCAAGAUGCAUUUUGGUUCUGUACUGCGUGUUCCACCAUCCCCCUCGUUAAGUGCUUGCUUAUCCUAGCUGAGAAAUGCGACCGGUUAAUCGCAGAAGCAGAGCAGAGGAUAAACAAUGAGAUUACUUCAAUGGGAGCGAGUAUGGACCACAGAAGCGUAGCGGCUGCUAAGCAACGGAAUGCUGAACAAAUCGCUUCGCCUGCACCGCAAUCAGCCAUGUCUCCAUCUCCGUUGUCUUCUCCAACUUUGGUAGAACGCCGGGCGAAAACAGACUGUACCUACGUGAAUCAAGCAGUACUCACAGCAAAGAAAAUCAGGCACCAUUCAAAACGUCUGGUUAAGCAAAUUCCACUAGACCUGACAUCUAGUAUUAACAAGGAUGGAGCAGCCAAACACCAACCCUUGGUACCUGUAGCUCAAAUAUCUCUUGUCGAGACUAAGCCUCCCAGAACAUCGGUUACAUAUGCAGAGAUUGCUGCAAGGGUCCACCGAGAGGCCGCCGUUGCGUCCUCUUCCAUUGUAAACACCGUUAACGCAAAUGGAGAGAAAAACAGCAAACAAUCACUUGUCAACAAGUCAAGACAAAUGAGUACCAUACCUUGUAGAUCGAUUAAAAAGGGAUCCAACAACAGUGCCCGGACUGUUGUAUGCUCAAAUGUCCCUGAAUCUACCGCCAUCACAUUGCGGGAUAAGUUAUCAGACGACCAAGACCAAUGGAACUCAUUGUGUAUGCAGAUGAGUAUCAAAGCCAAGCCCGUAAACUUGUUACGAAUUACUCGUCAUCCGAACUCGCCACACUAUGGUGAACCCAGACUUAUUCGAGUAACUCUAGAAUCCUCCACCGACGUGGAAAAUGUUUUGCUCUCCGCAAGCGCGCUAAAACACGAAUCCUGUGCGAUACGUAUCUAUCCUGAUGUCCCUUGGAGCGCGCGACAACCAAAACGAAACACCGAAGAGGGGCACAGCAAGCAAGACCGCCUAAACACAGUCUUCAUACAUGGCGUGCCAGAACAUCCUUCUAACCAUGUUCAAGAUACCGGAAAGCACGAUUUAGAACAGUGGCGGUUCAUUCGUGAAACACUUUCUUUGGAUGAUGUUGUGGCACUAUCGCUCACCAGGAUACCCCUCUCAUCGAAUUAUAGAGGAUGCGGCCCUAGAAUCCUAAAACUUGUGGUUCAGUCAGAGCAACAAGCAAAGGAUGUUUUGGAUCGAUGGCGGAGAAAUCGGAAACAUCUUCCUUCCGAAAUUCGGUUAAAGGUCGCAAACAAUUCGCACAGCUCAAGUAUUAAAGCAACUGAAGCAGUAAGCAUCCUGACGAAUGUACAGAAGUGUAACUUGACUGCUGCUUUAAUUGACUCUGAAGUAGGUCUAAACGAAGGCUGGGACGCACCUUGGCCGAAUCAAGUUGCAAACGAGGUAUCAUUGACCCAUCAAAAAAACGAAUAA